AUGUUGUUUAGUAUUGUUGUUGGCUUUACUGUGAUCUAUGCUACUUAUUAUAUUCGUAAAUACAUUAAAUUAACCUAUGUUGAUAAUAUUUUUAAUGUUUGCAAGCAAAAAGUCGUCGAUUUCGUAAGUUUACAUCAUAUUUUUGUUGUCUUUAGGGUUUUUUGCGGGGAAAGGGAGUAAAAGAAGGAGUUUUUGAAUAGGUCGGAUUAAAAUCCGUGAACAAUUUUCAAUUUUUUCGAGAUUUGAAAUAUUUUAUACCUAAAAUAAGUUGUUUUGGACGCCACAAGUUCAUUUGAAGUGGCUUGGCCUGAAUUUUUGUGUAUUGAACUUUAUUUUAUUGCGAUUUUUUAUUUUAGAGCUUUUAAAGGGUUUCCCAUUUCUUUACAGGUUCUCUAGCCGUUUUUUACCCAUUAUCAUGGGUAAUAUAAAUUUGCUACGUGCUUAGUUUCUUGUCUAAGAUUAAGUUUUAUACCGUUUUUGUCCUAAAUAAGGUGUUUUUAUACUUUAUUUUAAUAAGACUCCUGUAACAGAUUGUAUUUUAGGAUUAUGCCGGCACCUGGUACAAAACCAAAUUUCUCUGUAGAUACAUGUGGCCGGAUGACAGGAUAAUACAAAUAAAAACUGUGGUCUGCUUUGCUCUCUUGAUUACUGGUAAUGUCAUGAAUAUGGUGGUACCGUUAUUUGGAAAAUGGAUGGGUAAGUUUCAAGUAUAAUAUAAAUUUUUCGUCUUUAGUUGACAAGUUGUCGACUGAGAAGCAUUUUGUGACGGACGUCCUCUCCAUGACAUUUGGCUUCCUUUGUCUGCAAGGAAAUGCAUGUAAGUCUGCAUUUUCUUCUUUUUUUGGAUUUUAGGUAACAAUUUGACUCCAGUAAACGAUUUUCUGCGAAAUGACCGCUGUAUGUCUUUUCAGACUUUAAUCGUGCCCUAUCUGAUGUCCGCUCAAUGAUUCACACCUCCGUCCGACAGUAUACCGAAGCCCGGGUUAAGGUUGAUAUCUAUAGUCAUCUUUUACACAUGCCUUACACCUGGUAUACGGAACAGAAUGGUCGGAUGGACUCGAGUGAUUACUUUCAUCAGAGCGCUUAUACGUUCCAGAGCUUUCCGGAUCUCCUGGUUUUCAGUUUGCUCCCAGCAUUUGUCGAUGUUUUUAUCGCGACCACGUUUUUUGUGCACACUUUUGAUCUGCAACUCACGUUGAUGGUGGGAACGGUGGCGUUUCUUUACUAUGGUAAGAGACCAGUUUGAAUUGAUAUUAUCUGUUUUUUCUCGCAAAUUUUAUGUCUUGCUCGAACAUAAUUGUGCGAUUUAUGUUCGAAUAAAUAAUUUUUCUUCAGCGUCUACUAAAUGGAUGGAUUAUUUGAUCAGUCGAUAUGAUAAUGAGUUCAAUGAUGACAUCGAUUAUUAUGGAAUGUCUUGUGAAGCCCUCAAGAACUUCGAGACCGUGAAGUACUUUUGCAAUGAGAAAUUGGAGCUGAACAACUUCCGGAAGGCAAUAGCGAAGUGAGUUUUUUAAAAUUUUUCGUUGAUUUUUAGGAAGCAUGAGGUCGAAAAGAAGCAGCAGAACUCAUGUCAAAUCAAUUUGUCGGUCCGCAGCCUACUCACCGACGGCCUGUUGAUGCUGGGGACCUUUUUGAUGGCCUAUCGUCGUGCCGUUGACUCGACAGAACUCACCGCUGGCGAUUAUGUCCUCUUCACCAAUUUCUUUUACCAGUUCACCGAGCCUAUGUGGUCUCUAGAAGGGGCCAUCGAGCAGAUUAAGUAUGCUUUGGAGCAAGCUGGACCACUAAUUAAACUUUUUGACACCCCUUUGGAAGGGGAGGGUGGAACUUUGAAGGGGGUUGAGAUCAGCGGCGGAUUGAAGCUGGAUAAUGUCAGCUUCAGCUAUGUGGAAGGCAGUGAGGUGCUCCAUAAUGUGACGUUUGAAGUGCCUGAGGGGAAGACAGUGGCGUUGGUGGGACCAACUGGAAGUGGAAAGUCGACGGUUGUUAGGUUGUUGUAUCGAUUUUUGGAACCGACUGAAGGUAAGAAGCGGUGUUAUAAGAUAACAAUUGUUGUUUUUUUUAAUUGCACGGCAUAAAUAGGCGGGAAAAUGACAAAUAAUCAAUUGUUUUAUAAAAAUGUCUGGUGUAAUAUAGAUUUUUUGUUGUUUGUCUCACCGGGGAAGUACUCCAAGUACGACGCUCAGAUUUUCAUUAAAUUUUGCACACACGUCGGGUAUGGACUAAAUAUCAAUUCCUGAAAGUUUUAGCUCGCGCUUUGCGGGCGCCGCCGAGAUAUCGAACGAUUUUUGCCCCCGAGAUAGCACGCUAAACGUGGAGAGCGGUCAGAGAGAAAAACGCUUUUUGGCCAUAACUUUGGCAGUUUCGUGCGGAAAAAUUUUAUUUUUUGUAGAAACAUUAUCCUUUACGGUUGAAAUAGGCAUGAAACUUUUCGUGCCGAAAUUCGGCAAAAAGUCCUAAAUUUUCGCCGACUUUCGAUCUAAAAAUCUCGGUUGUUUCUGCAAAGCGCGAGCUAGGAUUCUCGCAUAUAUCUUAGAAAAAAUUAUUCUAAAUUUGUGCCAAGUUUCACCAAAAUCUGAGCGUCGCACUUGGGGACGACUUCCCCUGUCAGAUUUUUUUUUGAAUUAUUGACUUUCGAUAGCUCUAAAAGGACGUAAAAUGAAUUUUGACUUGUUUCCAGGCGCCAUUCUCAUCUCUGACACCAACAUCAAACAGUAUGACAUCUACGAAUACCGAAGGCAAAUUGGAGUAGUCCCGCAAGACUGCGCGCUCUUCAAUAAAUCCAUCCAGUACAAUCUAAACUAUGCCAAUUGGGAUGCGGAUGAAGAGGAGAUUGAAAAAGCCACCAGAGCUGCGCAAAUUCACAGAAUGAUUGAGAAAAAACCGGAGAAAUUGAAGGAAAAGGUCGGAGAAAGAGGAAUGAAGCUGAGUGGAGGAGAGAAACAGAGAAUGGCUAUUGCCAGGACCAUUCUGAAGAACCCAAAGUACUUGUUUAUGGAUGAGGUAAGGGCGUUUCGAGAUUUGAGACAGGUAUUUUUGGACGACUUGUGGGGGUUUACAUUAUUCGUGAUGAUUUCUGGGGUUGCUAAAAAUAAGUGAGAACAAAACAUACAGUUGUUUUUGUGCUUUAUGACUGUUCUAAAGACCUUUUGUUUAUUUUUGUCGAGAAACUUUAUGCUCUUUGACGAAUUUUAUGGUUUUAAAAAAACUUGUUUUGAUGGCUUUGUUUUACAAGGAAAAUACUUAUACGGGGUAUGGAGUUACAGAUCGAGACAUACAAAAAAUCGCAAAUUUUUUUUGAUUCAGAAUAUAUAAAAGUUAGCUGCCUAAUUUUGGUUUGUAAGGGUGAAAAAAUCAUCAGAACUUUUCCCGCGACAGCGCGCUGCAGCGUGAAUGCCUUUUUGACCAAAUUUUUACUAAAUCAAAAGGUUUGUUUUGAGCUAAAGCAAACCCUGGCAUCUUGACAAGCUCUAAAUAUCAAAUUUAAUUAAUGUUACACCUUAAUUAGUAGCUCCAAUGUAAAAAACGGGCAUUUGUCUGGUGUUGCGAGAAAAGUUCUGAGGAUUCUUCACUCUUAGGCAGCUAACUUUUACAUAUUUUGAAUCAGAAAGAAUUUGCGAUUUUUUGAUAUAUGUCUCGAUCUGUAACUCCAUACCCCAAAGAAGUACUUUCCUUGUUAAUUUUUUGUUAAUUUCAGGCCACCUCCUCGCUAGACACGAUCACUGAACGGCAAAUUCAAAAAGCUCUGACCGACCUCACCAAGAAUAAAACUUGUGUCAUCGUCGCUCAUCGUCUCUCCACCAUUGUCCAUGCUGAUAAUAUUGUUGUCCUCAAAGAUGGACGGGUAUUAGAACAAGGAAAUCACAAAAAAUUACUGGAAAACAACGGGUUGUAUGCUAAGAUGUGGAAUCUCCAACUUGGAGGCGAUUUCGACUUGUAAUUUUUGAGUUUUUUUUUGUUUGUUGUUGUUAAUCUAUUGUAAUUUAUUGUUGAAUUUGUAAAUAUUUUGUUGUAAAUAAAGUUGUUGUUGUUUUGGAGUUGAUUUUAAGGUCGAAGAAGUUGAUUGACUUCGAGGUUUACUUGAUUUGAAUAUUUUUUAAAAAAUAAUUUUUAUUUUAUAUUAGGGGUAAUUUCCGCAUGCUUUUUGGCAUUUUUGUGGCUGGCCUGGUCGCUCUUUUCACUUAUUUAUUUUGGAUCAGGAGCGGAUAUGGGAGACGUUUUGACCUUUGGAAACAGGAAGUUGUGGAAUAUGUGGGUUUUAAAUUUUUUUUUUCUUGAUUUAGGGGGCUUUUGGUGAUUCUAGAGAGAAAAAAGUCGAUUUUCAGAAAAAAGUAUUAAUUGUAAAAAUUUAACUCUUAUAUUAUCUACCUAGGUAUAUUUUUGAGAUUUUUAAUCACCAAAAAGUUAUUGUCGCACCAUUUUCUAGACAAUUUUUAUGAAAAAAAUAAUUUGAUAUCCAAAAAUAAAAUUUGCUCUUAUUUUCAGGACUAUGCCCGCCUCCGGAAAAAGCUCAAGAUCCUCUGCAGAUACAUCUGGCCGAAUGAAACCAAUGUUCAAAUAAAAGCGGUAAUCUGCCUUAUUCUCAUCGCCACCGGCCGCAUUUUCAAUUUGGUCUUCCCUUGGCUCGCGAAAUAUGCUGGUCAGAUUUUUGAAAUCAUAAUAGAUGGAUUUUGAGUGUAUUUUUUUCAUUAUAUUUUUGAGCAUUUUCAGUCGACGAAAUGACCCAUGAGAAGCACUUAUUUUGGGACUUGGUCGCGAUGACUUUGGGCUUCUUUUGCCUUCAGGGCAAUGGAUGUGAGUUGAAUUUUUAGGGGGUUUGUGGACUUUCAAAUUCACGCAGUCAGUUAUUUUUUACUCAGGAUCAGUUUCAUUACUAUUUUUUUUUGUUUCGGCCUGGCUUUUAAAAAUUUAACAAAAUGUCACAAAUUUUUUAUUGGAAAAUUUUAAAUGGAUUUGGUUUGAGUUUUCAUGGUGUCUGGGGAGUCUCAGGUGCAAUGGAACAGUAAUUUUAUACCCAGGAAUUGGAUUUUACAGUCUGAAAUGGGUUUUAAAAAAUUGACGAAAUGUCACAAAUUCUACUAGUCCUUCCGGAAAGUCGCCGGACGGAAAUCAGCGACAUGCACUCCGCGAAAUCGAAAGUUCACUUUGCACUGUGCAAUUUUUGGCUUUUUGCACUGUGCAAUAAGCUUUUUCGAGCUGUCGCUCGCACCCUGAGUUUUUUCCCACAGUGCAUGUCGCCGAUUUCCGUCCGGCGACUUUCCGGAAGGACUAGUAUCGGAUUUUUUUUUAGUUUUUGAAACGGUUGAAAUUUUGACUGUUAUGGUAAAAUACGUCGUUGGCUUUCCCUAUUUGUUCUAAUUUUGCGACAGAAAGUUGAUUUUUUGCACUUUUACGAGAAAAUUUAUGGGAAAUAAUAUGUUUUUAUAUUUUUUAUACAUUUUUUUUAAUUUCAGAUGUUAUGGAUAUCCUUUCGGACCUCCAAAACAUUGUCUACCUCUCUGUCCGUAAUCAUAUGUCCACUCGAAUUCAAGUUGACUUCUAUCGACAUCUUAUCCAUUUACCGUACACUUGGUAUUCCGACAAAGGUCAUAGCGAACUGAGUGAUGAGUUUUCCAUGAAUUCAAGGGUUUUUAAGGACUUCCCAGACGACCUGAUUUUCAAUUUAAUUCCUGAAAUUGGCGACGCGCUGAUCGCUUUGGUAUUUUUUACCACCACUUUUGACCUCAAGUUGGCCGUAGUUUUGAGUAUUGUUGCUAUGGUCGAUGUUGGUAAGUGGGAUUUUUUUGAAGGUUUCUUGUGAGAGGUUAAUCACAGAAGCCUUUGAGACGUUUGUUUUAACUUUUUUAGUAAAGAAAAAUUAUUUUUUAGUCAUCAACACUAUGAUCAACCAGUGGAGCGAGAGAGUUGAUACAGCGGAAUCCGAGGACUGCGAUCAAGCCGAUUCUUCCGCCGAAAUGAUCGGACUUUAUUAUAACGAAACGGUGAAGUAUUUUUGCAAUGAAGAGUUUGAAGUGAAAAGAUUUGAGAAACGAAUGGAACUGUAAGUUGAUACAGAUUGUGGAUUACUACUCCGUUCGCCAAGUCGCUGGAGUGGUUUUGGCGUUUACACUAUGCGAUAAAAGUCAGAGUUCGAGCGACAACCCGAACAAAUUUUGCACGGUGCAAACAGCGAGAAAUUUCACAGUGCAAAGAAAACUUUUGUUUUUGCACAGUGCAUUUCGUUGGAGUGACGUUUGGCGUUUGCACUGUGCGAAAAAGGGCUAGGGUGCGAGCGACAACCGAAAAAAUUAGUGCACGGUGCAAAAAGCGAGAAAUUGCACAGUGCAAAGAAAACUUAUGUCUUUGUGGAGUGAUUUUUCGCAUUUGCACUGUGCGAUAAAAGUCAGAGUUUGAGCGACAACCAAAAAAAAUUUUGCACGGUGCAAAAAGCGAGAAAUUGCACAGUGCAAAGAAAAAUUUUGUUUUUGCACAGUGCAUUUCGCUGGAGUGAUUUUUGGCGUUUGCACUGUGCGAAAAAAAGGUCAGGGUGCGGGCGACAGCCGAAAAAAUGAUUGCACCGUGCAAAAAGAAAGAAAUUGCACAGUGCAAAAAAAAACUUUUGUUUUUUGCACAGUGCAUUUCGCUGGAGUGUUUUUUGACGUUUGCACUGUGGGAAAAAAGUCAAAGUGCGAGCGACAGCCCCGAAAAAAUCUGUUGCACGGUGCAAAAAGCAAUAAAUUGCACAGUGCAAGAAAAACUUGCUUUCGCACAGUGCGAAAAAUUUCUCCAGCGGCUUUGCGAACGGACUGAUCCUAAAGCAUUUUUUUCAGCGAAAACCGUCGUCUCAUGAAAAGGGAAAAGUUUUCGCACUUUACCUCCAUGCUUCAGUGUGUUUCCAACGACAUUCUGUUGAUGCUCUCCACCUUCUUCAUGGCCUAUCAACGAAAUUCCACCGCUUCCUUGGACUUUUCCGCAGGCGAUUAUGUUCUCUUUUCCAACUACUUUUUUAAAGUCACAUCUCCUCUUCACACCAUUCAAUUUUCCAUCCGUCGAAUUAGAGAGACCUUGGAAAAAGCGGACAAUUUGAUUGAGAUUUUGGAAAUCCCAGAGGAAAAUGAAGGAAAAAAGUUGAAAAAUAUCGAAAUUCAAGGCCCAUUGAAGCUUGAGAAUGUGAGCUUCAGCUACGUUGAGGGCACCGAAGUUCUCCAUAAUCUGAAUUUUGAAGUGCCUGAAGGAAAAACUACGGCUGUUGUGGGGCCAACUGGAAGUGGAAAAUCGACUUUGAUUAGGUUGUUGUAUCGAUUUUUGGAGCCGACUGAGGGUAAGGUACUGUAUUAUUAUGUUUUAAAAUUGAAUUUCUGAACAAUUUUGAGUAUUUAGGAAAGAAAAGAAAUACAAAAAAUAGUUGAUUUUUCAUCGAAAAAAUUCUAGUGCAAUAUAAUUUUUGCUGAUUUUUUUUUGGUCUACUUGAUAUUGAAAAGUUGAGUUUUCUUCGCUUUGAAAUUAGAACGGGUUAAAAAAUAGUAUGGAAAUGUGCUUUUUUAGGCACCAUCUACAUAAACAACGUUGAUACUCGAGACCUGGACGUCUACGAGUAUCGAAGGCAGAUUGGAGUGGUGCCUCAGGACUCUGUUCUCUUCAAUGACACCAUCAAGUACAAUCUGAGUUAUGCCAAGCUGGAUGCGGAUGAAAAAGAAAUUGAUCAAGCAACUCGAGCCGCUCAAAUCGAUGAAAUGAUCCGAAAGAAACCCGAGAAAUAUGAGACAAAGGUUGGAGAGAGAGGAAUGAAGCUGAGUGGAGGGGAGAAACAGAGAAUGGCUAUUGCCAGGACCAUUCUCAAGAACCCAAAGUAUCUGUUUAUGGAUGAGGUAAGGACUUGGAGGACUUGCCGUUUUUUGAUGAGUUUGAAAAAAUUUUGAGGCUUUAUCUGUCAAAGGCUUGUGUUUUUAUGACUGUGGCAGUCUAAUCGUUAUUUUUCUUGCUCCUUGCGUAGCUUGCGGAGUUUUUUCACUUGGAGAGGGAGGCAUUUCGCGACAUUUUUUGAUACUUCCUGGAUGCAAAAUUGUACCGGUUAUGGCAAUUUUGUAUGUAUCGGGAACAUUAAAUUUUAAUUUGUAACGGCACCAGCUGAGUUUCAAAUUAUGCCUAAAGGUCUAAGUUUUCCUGAAAUAGAGAUUGACUCCACUUAAGUUUUAACUUUUUCAUUUUCAGGCCACUUCAUCGCUUGACACCCUCACUGAACGUCAAAUCCAAAAAGCUCUGGCUGACCUUGCCAAGGACAAGACUUGUGUGAUCGUCGCUCAUCGUCUCUCCACCAUUGUCCAUGCCGAUAAUAUUGUUGUUCUCCAAGAUGGACGGGUAUUAGAACAAGGAAAUCACAAAAAAUUACUGGAAAACAACGGGUUGUAUGCGAAGAUGUGGAACCUCCAACAAGGUGGCGAUUUUAACCAAUAAUUUCGUUAUUUUUGAUUUUUUUUGAACGAUUGAAAUAUUGUUAGCCAUACCGAGGCGUUGUUAUAUAUUGUACAUAUUUUGUUGUUAAUAAAGUUGUUACUGUUACAUGAAUUGAUAUUUGAGUUAGAAGAGGUUCAAUGGCUUCGAAAUCGAUUAUUUUUGAAUUUUAUUUUUAUUCGAAUUGUCAUUUUUUGGCAUAGUGUAGGUUUGUAAAACAGUACAAAAAUUUGGCCUGUGCUGGGCAAAAGUGUCUAAAGUUUUUUCGAAAAGUUUUUGGUACCCUAUUUAUUCUAGUACAUAUUUGUUUUUGAAAAUUUGAAAAGUUCGCAAAUUUUUUUACCUCAAAAUUUGGAAAGGUGUAACAAUUUUUUUUUCACCUAGAUGACUCAUUUUGUUUUAUCGACACAAAAAAUGAGAGAAUUGUUGUGUUUAAAUUUCGAAAUUGUCCGGAUUUUUCUUAUCGAGGAAGCCUCUGCCUUUCUUGUAGGUGGAGUUUCAAAUAAUGUUCAUUUCCUCUUCAAAAUUUUGAUUUGCCUUUUGCAGCGGACUUGGGUAAUGUUCCUCGGUGUUUUGGUCGCUGUUCUAACCACUGUUUUAACUUAUAUUUUGUGGGGAAAAGGUGGAUUUGGCGAACGAAUUGUGAGCUGGAAACAAAACACUGUGGAAUAUGUAAGUUUUGGGGAAAAUUAAAAAAAUAGCGGAAGUUUGAGGUAAAAAAUUGACGAUGACGCUGCAUAGUGCAGUUAAAACCUUUUUUUUAAAUUUUUAUUAGGGUGUCCCAUAAGUCUUGUGUAUUUUGGGGUCGUUGACUUGUGCGAAUUCCUGUGAGCUUUGUAACGCAUUACGAGAUAUGUUAGACAUACGGUUUUGAAGAUCAGGAAUUGCGCUUAUAAACCGUAUGUAGCAAGACUGCAAAAAAUCCACUAGACAUCAAAAAAAAUUUUGCUUGCUGAUGUUAAAAUGGGUAUAUACUUUGGAAAAUCAGAUGUGUACGCCUAUUAAACAUGAAAAUAGGACGCACAAGAGCCCUAGAUGUUAUUUUAAUUUGCGCUGCAGCACGGGCGGGGGUACCUUGGUGGUGGUGUAAAUAACAUGAGAACUGCUGCACUCAUGCUUUUCAGACUCAAUUUUCCAAUAGUAGAAAGUGUUGGCUGUAGCUGCGUAUGGUAGCUAAUCUACUGUUGUUUGUGAACACAACGACAUAAUAAUCACCGCCUGUGUCACUUUUGUUUCUUGAAAUAAGCUUAAUUUAAAAAUUUCCUAAUUAUUUUAAAAAUUUACAGAAAAUUUUUUAAAUUGAGUGAUUUUUCAGCCCUCAGCACCUCUAUUCCAAAAUCCUCUUGCUAAAAUAAAACACAUAUGACACUGUUUAGAACACACUACACUACAAUGUUAUUUGUAUCCAUACCGACUUUUUUGGUGUUGAGUAAAUGCAUCACAUUUUUUCAAAUUUUUUUGGGUUAGUGGUAAUGCAGAACAAGGCAGCCAGCGGAUUCAUAGUUAGGACGCAUGAACGUUAUGUUUUUUUCACUCUGGUAUCGCCGCGACCUGAGCAACCACCCUCAAAAAAUGUUAUACGCAAAAUUAUGUACAUCACAAUAUUCACCAUGGUGCCUAAUACAAGAAACCUGCAGGACAACGUCAUAAGAACAAAUUCAGAGGGGAAAACGGUUUAUUUAGAAACAGGGUACUUAGUAGAUGUGUUAAAAAAUGCAAUUGCAAAGGUGCAGCCCCAUUUAUCAAAAAACGGAAUGGUUUUCCCAGCCCUUCCCAGAAGUUGAUGAUAUUAAAGAAUUUCAAGUAUUUUCCCGGAGGGCAUGUUAUUAGUUAAAAUUUUUAUGCUGCUUAUAAGUGUAAGAGAUGGCGGUUUCAACAAUGCCAAACAUUAAGGGAUGCAUUCAUUUAGGCCUGCGAAACGAGACUUUAAUUCUCAAACCCAAAAAUACACAAGACUUAUGGGACACCCUAAUAAAUAGUUUUUUGGUUGGAUUUUUCCUCGUUUUGUCCGACUUUUCAAAAAAAAAUUCAAGAUAAAAAAAUUGUUUAAUUACAGGACUAUGCCCAUCUCUGGAAACGGGUCAAGCUCCUCUGUAAAUACGCCUGGCCAAAUGAAAAUAAAAUCCGAAUAAAGGCCAUAAUCUGUCUUGUUCUCAUGACCACUGGCCGCUUUCUCAAUUUGUUGAUCCCUUUGUUUGCUAAAUAUGCUGGUAAGUAAUUCUUGGCAUUCAGAGUGACAAAAUAAUGAUAAAAAAGUCUCGAAAAGAUUUUUGAAUUUCGGUUUGUUUGCUAAAUUUUGAUUUUCAGUUGACGAAAUGAGUCACAAAAAGCACUUCUUUUGGGAUUUGGUCGCAAUGACUUUUGGCUUCUUUUGCCUUCAGGGCAAUGGAUGUAAGUUGAAUUUUUAUGGUGUUUGUGGACUGUCAAGUUCAUAUAUCAGUUAUUUUUUACUCAAGGUAAUUUUCAUUACUAUUUUUUUAAAAUUCGGCCUGGUUUUAAAAAAUUUAACGAAAUGUCAAAAAUUUUAUUGGAAAUUUUUUAUAUGCGAUAAAAACGAAAACUAAAUUUACCACGUCGUAUUUUAGAUAUUACGGAAGUGAUUUCUAACAUUCGAUCGCUCGUCUAUAUCUCUGUUCGACAACACACUUCGACACGGGUUCGCGCCGACAUUUAUCGUCAUCUAAUUCAGCUACCCUACACUUGGCACGCCGAUAAAAGCCAUAAUGACGUCAUGGACGCUUAUCAAAGGAGUUACCAGACUUUUGAGUGGUUUCCGGAGUAUGUUAUGUUCGAAUUCCUCCCUUCGAUUGUGGACGCAACUGUUGGGUUUGCCUUUUUCGUCAACACCUUUGACUUGUAUUUGACAAUUUUGUUGAGCUUUGUGGCUGCGCUGGAUGUUGGUGAGUAAUUUUGAGCUGAAAAAAAGUUAUUUUGAAUGUAUUUUUUAAAAUUUUUUGAAUUUUUUUUAAAUUAAAUUUUCAUUUUUUUUUUAUUUUUUUAUUUUCAGCGACUUCCAAGUUUUUCAUGGGCUGGGAAAGCCGAACAUGGGAGAAAGAGGCCGAGGAAUAUGAAAAUAUCUCCAACGACAUGGAAGGGCUUUAUAACAACGAAACUGUCAAGUAUUUUUGCAAUGAAGAGUUUGAAGUCGAGCGGUUCAAAAGAGGAUUGGAAGAGUAGGUCAAUGAAUUUGAACGGCUUAAAUAAAAAAAUUGACUUAAAGUGGUACGAUCAGAUAUUCUUUUUUCUGACACUUUUUUUUGUCAUGGGGAUAUCUCCAAUUCAAUUGCCAAAAGAUCGAAAAGGAGAUGAAAAAAGUCCGAAUUUGGUAUCAAACAGUAUCACAGAGCGAGAAAGGGACUGUUUUCUUCUUCCAUGCCAAAAGCAAAUGUCUCUAGAGAUGUUCAAGAGGCAUUUUCUACUCAAAGGAGCAACUUUUUUUGUGUUUUUGCGAUAGUUUUUGUACCAAUUUUUGGUGAUCUCCUUUGCCGAUUUCUUCCAGUUGGACGCGUUGAUCGUUCUCAAGUCUUUCCACGAUGCUGACUAAAAUUUUUCAAAUGAUUUUUUUGGAUUUUUUUUUGAGUUCCAUACCAUUUUUUCACAGCCCUUUGAUUGCUCCCUGUGAGAGAGUGAUCUAGGUAAAGUGGCGGACCUGGCCCAGUGACAAACAAAGUAUCAUUUUGCAUCCUUGAAGUAUCAAAAAUGUGGCAAAAUGUUUCCCUCGCCAAGUGAAAAAAAAACCGAUUUUAAAAGCUCGACCUUCAAAACGAAGAUUUUUUUUACUUGGAGAGGGAAGCAUUUUGCCACAUUUUUGAUGCUUCCCGGAUGCAAAAUGGUACGUUUUUUGCCUUUGGAUCAGCUCCUUCACCAUACCAUAUUUUUCAGUGAGCACCGUCGUGAAAUGAAACGUGAAUUCUUCAACUACUUCUCAUCUAUGGCCCACUGUUUAAAGAACGACUUCCUCCUGAUGCUCGGCACCUUCCUCAUGGCCUAUCAACGUUCGACCUCUGAGACUGCCGACCUCACCGCUGGCGACUACCUCCUCUUUUCCAGCUACUUUUACCGAUUUACUGGGCCGCUCAGUCACAUCGAAUAUGCUUACAAACAAAUUGGUAAAAGUUUAAGCCAAGCGGACGACUUAAUGCAACUUUUGGAAUUGAAAGGAGAAAAUUGGGGAGCAAAGUUAAAAGCCAAAAUUGAAGGCGGAAUAACGGUGCAGAAUGUGAGCUUUAGCUAUGUGGAAGGCGCUGAAGUUCUCCAUAAUGUGACUUUCGAAGUGCCUGAGGGAAAAACUGUGGCUUUGGUGGGACCGACUGGAAGUGGAAAAUCGACCAUGAUUCGGUUGUUGUAUAGAUUUUUGGAACCCAAUCAUGGUAAGAGGCGGUGUUAUAAGCUAAAAUUUUUUUUUUUUUCUACAGUGGGGCACUUGAUCCAGUGGCAAAAAACGUACCAUUUUGCAUCCUUGAAGCAUAAAAAAUGUGGCAAAAUGCUUCCCUCUUCAAGUGAAAAAACUCCGAUUUCAAAAGCGCGCCCGCUAUUUUUGUGAAAAAAAGAAAAAAACGAAGUUUUUUCAUUUGGAGAGGGAAGCAUUUUACCACAUUUUUGAUGCUCACCGGAUUCAAAAUGGUACGUUUUUUGCCACUGGAUCAGGUCCGUCACUGUAAUUUCACGUCAAAAAUAGGCGGGAAAAUGACAAAAAACCAAUCGUUUUAUAAAAAUGUCUGGUGCAAUAUAAAUCUUUUAUUAUUUUUUCUCAAAUUCGAUUUCAAACCUUUCCCUAUUCCAGGUGUCAUCUCCAUAAACAACGUUAAUACCCGAUACCUGGACGUCUACGAGUAUCGAAGGCAGGUUGGAGUGGUGCCUCAGGACUCUGUUCUCUUCAAUGACACCAUCAAGUACAAUCUGAGUUAUGCCAAGCUGGAUGCGAAUGAAAAAGAAAUUGAUCAAGCAACUCGAGCCGCUCAAAUCGAUGAAAUGAUCGGGAAGAAACCCGAAAAAUAUGAGACAAAGGUUGGGGAGAGAGGAAUGAAGUUGAGUGGAGGGGAGAAACAGAGAAUGGCUAUUGCCAGGACCAUUCUCAAGAACCCAAAGUAUCUGUUUAUGGAUGAGGUAAGGACUUGGAGGACUUGCCGUUUUUUGAUUAUUUUGAUAAAAUUUUGACGUUUUAUCUGUCAAAAGGCUUGUUUUUUAUGACUGUGGUGGUCGUCAUUUUUGACGGAUUCCGGGGUUUUUAUGCAAUAACACGCCGGAAAAAAGACCGCGAAGCAAUUCACGGGGGUGGACCUGAUCCGGUGGCAAAAAACGUGCAACUUUGCAUCCAGGAAGUAUCAAAAAAUGUAGCAAAAUGCCUCCCUCUCCAAAUGAAAAAACCUUGUUUUGAAGGACUUUUUGUACCUCCCUCUCGAAGUGAUAAAAUCCGAUUCAAAAACGCGCCCGCUCUUUUUGUGAGGAAAAAGGGCGCGCCCUUCAAAACGAAGUUUUUCACUUGGAGAGGGAAGCAUUUUGCGACAUUUUUCGAUACUUCCUGGAUGCAAAAUUGUACGUUUUUUGCCACCGGAUCAGGUCCCGAAUUGCUUCGCGGUCUUUUUUCCGGCAUGUUAUCGAAUAAAAAAACCGGCGGAGAUCAAGCAAUUACUCUGUCGCGUUUUUUCAUGGAUCAUAACGGUUGUCUCCAUCUCCGAAUUUUUCUGAAGAGGAGUAAAAUUAUAACGUUUUCAAUUUCAGGCCACUUCCUUCCUAGACACCGUCACUGAACGGCAAAUCCAAAAAGCGCUAACUGAGCUCGCCAGAAACAAGGCUUGUGUAAUCGUCGCCCAUCGCCUUUCCACCAUUGUCCAUGCUGAUAAUAUUGUUGUUCUCCAAGAGGGACGGGUAUUAGAACAAGGAAAUCACAAAAAAUUACUGGAAAACAACGGGUUGUAUGCGAAGAUGUGGAACCUCCAACAAGGCGGCGAUUUUAACCAAUGA